AUGGCCAAAAAGCCACACGUCUCCGAAUCGGAACACGAGGUGUCUUCCCAAGGAGAAAUGGAACUGGUUGAAGAAGACGAGAGAGUGAAGAUAGCAGAAAGCAUCCACGAAGAAGUUAAAAAUUACAUGACCGAGAAUCACAAGUGUAAACUCGGAACAGGUGAACACAUUUCUUAUGUAUGUGGUCAAAUAGACAGACUUAUUGAACUUCUAAGACAGAAGCCAACUAAUCAGCUGCAAGACGCAGUAGAAAGUUUACAUAAGAAGAUAGAUAAAGUUCUACAGUCAAAAGAAAGCACUGGGCCAAGCUAUGCCCAGGUUACAGCACAGAAAAUCACAAGACCAAGAAAGAAAAUACUCCUGGUGGAUCCAGAGAAUGAUAACACAGAUGCUGAAAACACCAAACAGAAGCUAAAGAAGAACAUAAAUCCCAAAGAAAUGGGAAUAGGAAUACAAGCCGUCUGCAAACUUAAGAGAGGAGGAGUAGCGAUUGAAGUGGGAUCAGCAGAAGAAAAGAACAAGCUUAAGGAAGUUAUAGAAUCAAAAAUCGGAUUAAAGACAAGAGAACCUUUUAAAAGAAAGCCACGCAUCAUCUUAUAUGGAGUAGGAACAGAGGUGUCCAGAGAGGAAAUUCUCGAGUGUCUAUAUGAACAAAAUGAGAUUAUCAAUAGCAACAUGACGGAAACUGAGUUUCGCAAUAAAGUAGAAGUGAGAUUCCAAUUUGGAAGUAAAGGCAAGCAAUCAACCAAUUGGGUAAUUCAAGUGAGCCCUGACGUAAGAAGACUUAUACUGAAAGUAAAGAAAAUCAACCUGGGCUGGUCCAGGUGUGGAGCAGAAGAUCACAUAUCCGUAACACAAUGUUUCCAAUGCUGCCGCAUUGGACAUAUUGCAAAAGAUUGUCAAGAAAAAGCGCCCAUUUGUAGCCAAUGUGGCCAGAGCCACAAAUAUAAAGACUAUACGCACAAAGAAAAAGCAGAGUGCGUGAAUUGCAAGAGGGAAAAAAUUAAAGAUUUUAAACAUAACGCUUGCUCAAAGAAUUGUCCACUGAUACAGAAAGUCAAAAAAAUGUUGAUCGCUAAGACCGACUAUGGGGAGUGA